AUGGAGGGCAUGCGAUCAGCACAAGAGCGGACGCCGACAGCCCGUAGAGGACAAACAGAAUGCAGCAGGCCUACACCAGCUGUGAGUGGGUCUCGUGAGACCGGCCGCGCCAGGUUGGAUGAUGCUGCCGUUAGGGAUGAAGACAAGGAAAAGGGGAGUAUCAAAUUCCUCGGCUCGAAACGCUGCGGGCAUCGCCCGAUCCCUCCAUCAGCGCCUUCGUUGUUGACCACCCGAUCGUCUGCUUCGCUCUGUCAGAGCAAGUCAUCGUCGUCGCGCGCCGUGCGGCUGGAUUCUGCUCCCCUACCCUCACCAAUUUCUCUUUUCUCACGAAGAUGGAGUUCGUUCACGAGGAAACAUCGGACAGGAACAAGCGACUCUUUAAUUCCUUCGUCCGCGCUCCCUUCACCAGCAGGCACACCCUUGUUAGUGGAACCAUCUUCUCGCGGCGCGACAGUUGGGUCUUCUACGACCUGUCUUUCCGCCGUCACAGGAGGGAAGACAAGUGAGUGUAAAGGGAAGGCUCAGGAACACGACGUUCGGAAGCAGCUUUGCAUAGCCGCCCGGGGACUCUCUCUGUUGUCGAGGCAAAUUGAUUUCUCUGAUUUCACAAGAGCCACAAGUUUCGAGGUUCUCGUCCAGUCUCUUGCUCACGCACUUCUCAAGUUGAGCCUGCCUCCACGUGAAGCACAAUGCCGUGACCCGUUCUUCAGAGUUCCUGCCAUCUGCAGCUGUCGUCAUGAAGCUGCCUUUCCACAAAAUGAAGCAAGCAAUGACGGAGAUGGAGGGUCACUUCAGUUUGCGCCGUGCAGCUGUAGAGAGCCGCUCGGAGAGUCGGCUUCGCGUGCGCGUGGCGUGCUUCCCAUCCGCGUACGACCUCAGCCUCCCUUGAUUUGCUCCCAACUAGUUCCUGCGCCUUUUCAUCUUCAGCUUAGAACUCAGGGCAGCACCGAGGCCACAAGCCUUCUUGGUGGCCUCUUUGGCUCUCCAGCAGCGAAGAAAGCAGCUUUCCCACGAUCCUUUGGUGUUGAACAACACCUCGCAUUGAGGUGUACGUACACGUUAGACGGCUCGGGUGGACGUUCGCCUGGAGAAACAACUGCGACGCGCCGCGUUUCAGCAAAUGGGUUCUAUCUCAGCGACUCCGCCGCCUGUAACUGCAACGAGACCACGUUCCUUCAGAAGCGGCGUGACGCGUCCUCCUCGUCUCUCACUGGGCACUUCCCAGGCACCGAAAAUGAAGUGCAUUCACCAGGAGGGCAAGCACCAGAGUUAGGUGAAGGCUACAGCAGGAAACGAUGGGAAGCAAGACGCCAGGCCCAGGCAGCUGAAGUGCGCCGUGAGUGUGCUGUGUCGUUUCCUAGCCGUUGUACACCCAUUCGCCGACUCUUUGGUGUUGAACUGCAGCAACAGGGAAGUCACAAACUCCUGGAAGCGCGGCACAAAAGACUCCUGCGUAAACUGUCUGGUGACAGGACAGCUAAGAGAUUUCCCGGCGGCGGCGAUGUCGGACGCCAGGGUCCAGGCUUUGCCUCUUCGUAUAACGGCGCUGGUCAAGAGGGCUGUCGUUCCGCUGCCGGAGGAGAGCAGCUGCUUUCCCGGGGACUCCCGGUCUUCGCAGUGGUAGAUGCGGAUCAAGAAUUGUUUCUCGGGUCUUACGUCGCUUGGCCACCAACAUCGACGCAAGAGACCGUCCAGUCGGCCGCCCAGGUUUCGCCCUCAAGCAACGCGUGCAAAGCCCUCCGCGAGAAUCUGAGUGGAAUCGAUGGAAACCCAGGAGAGCAGUGGCGGUCUGACUGUGUCCCGUGCAACGAGAAAGACGAACAGUGCUCACGAGCGAGGGAAGAACAGGAGAGUCGUGCCCUAUCGGGGAAACGCGGAAUUCCCGUGACAGGGACAGCUAUCAGUGCACCUCGGCUGCUUCCUGCAGAUGUCACGCAAUCCGAGUUUUUCGCAUUCAAUGUCGUGAGGAGAGAGAACCAAGACGUUGGCCUCACAGGUUUUUUCAACUAUUUCGCGUGUACUUUGGGCAUCGGCACUCCUCCGGCGCUCCUUUCCCCCUCGGACCACCAACGGCAAGCUUCACUGGUGCGUACCCUUCAAGAGCAAACGUACGUGUCUCUUCGUUUCACCUACUUCGUCGCGGAACUUCCAAGUCCUCCCAUACGCCCUGCGCCUCUUUCUCGUCCCAGCUUCUUCACAGAGGAUGCAGCUGAAGACCGCGGCCUGACGGAAGAGCCGCGGACGGGUCGCGGUCUGUUGACCGAACACGGCGGAGACGACUGCUCGAUAUGGGGGGGCGGAGUCGAAGAGCCCUGGCAGUCAGCGAACCUCAUGGAGAGUAGGGAGUGGGACGGUUUCGCUCUCGGCCCCAGCGGAGAGACAGAAGACUCCGAUGACUCCAGCGACGGGCGAGAGCAGGCCCAGGACGGAGACGAGUGGCUGACCGCCAAUGAAGGGGAACCAAGCGAGACGGGGGACCGAGAGGGCGAGGAGUGCUUUACCGACAUCCCUGCUCUCUCCCCACAAGCUGGCGGCACUCGAGAAGGCCUCCGCAAGGAUCUCCUUCUUCUGCUUGCAGUAUCCGCACCGGACCCCUAUGAUUCUCUCCAUUUCUGCCGCUCCUGGCCCUUUCUGCCUCUUCUCGCCUACCGCAAUACAGGAAGUUCAGGCCGCAGCUGUUUCACAGGAGUCUUCAGCGCGUGGCAGGGACCGGUGGAGGCUCCGGAUGCGACCCCGGUCGCCUCCACACUUCGGCUCACCGCUCACCGAACUCUUCUCAAGCGUCUUCGCUGCAUGCACCGCGUGCUGCUGCAGGAUGGACGCGCUGUCACCCGUGGCGCUGCCUGUUUCCCGUCGCCAAGUGAGGAGACACUGCGGAUGCCGGAAGCGAACGUACGUCGAGAUGGGUCAGAGAGCCCCGCCGAGUUCGCUCGGUGGCCUGGGCCCGACGGUGAUAGGCACUUGCGCGGCCCAGAGGACCCGGACAACGCGAAAGCAAGAAGGGACGCUUUCCAGAGGAAGCAAGCGGUGUACGAUCAACACCAGUUCAAGACGCGCCUCGAGUCCUUUGCCGUCCUUGCGCCUCUUCUGUCGCGUCUUCCGCCACCCUCCGAUCCUGCCGAGCUCUUUCCGUUCGCACGACCGGCCCCUGUGGCGUCGCCCGCAGCCAAAGCAGACCUCAGUCGGUCGCUCCUCAGCGCGCUCGACCCGCAGAGACACUCAGGCGCCCUUCCGUUCCCUCUCACAGCGAGGCUGUUUGGCCUCAGCCGUCUCUUCGGACAGGCCCUAGAAGCGAGUGGAAGGUUUUCCGGCGAAGAGGAGGAAAGGUGCUCCUCAAUUCCGAGGCAGCGGCGCCGGGAACGGCCCUUGCUCGAUGACACUUUCUCACCGCCGCCUGCCUCGAACCAGCGUGAGGUUGCGCAGCGCGCCAAGUCCGGCGGUCAGCCUCCGUGUGCUGUUUCACCCACAAGUGCGCAGGAGGCGCCUGGGGGCGAAGCCACUUUGGGCACCUCUUUGGUUGAAGGGUCGGUCGCGGAGCAAGAGAGGGAGUUGCUUUCUGUCGACGCGCUCGCUGCGAAGCUGCGCCCCGACUCGGGCCACGCCUCGCUGCACGGACAGGAGACAGAUUCGCACUUGCACUCACCUUUCCGCGAACCCGGAGGAACAGAGACACACCGGCAUGCCCCGAGCGCACGCCGCAGAUCCCUGUGGAACGAAGGAAACGUGCCCACCAGCUUGAGUGGCGACCUACGGGCCCAGGCUUCUGCGCCAGAAAAUUGCCGGCAGUCUCUGGCUGAGGGUGCCGCAUCGGUCUCAGCGGGUGGUCUGGGGUCGCCGCCUCAGAGUUCUGGUCAGGCUGCUGUUCUCCCUGAGAGGCGCCCGAGCAGCAGUCGCUCACGCGAGCGGAGAAGUGGGUCCGUUUCGCGUGAGAAUGCGCCGGUCGGAGUCGCGGGACGGGGAGAAGAAGCGCCUCGAGGACAGGUCGAGGCGUGGGAGUCGGGGGCGAGUGGUGCGAGAGAAACAGGGGAGAACGCGAGACACGGGACGCCGGCGGCGGCUAAGACCGUUUUGGCGUCGUCCGCGUGGGACAUCGCUUCGCCCUUCCAGACAGCCGACUCUCCAGGGGGCCGAGAAGCUCCAUUUUGGGCCGGGGGCGAGAUCGCCUCCGGGGCGUUGGAGAUAGGCGAGAGACGCCAAGACGCGGUCGCUGGCAACGAAGAAAUGUGCAUGCGGCGUGCUGUCGAACAACUGCUGCGACCCUCGCCUCCGGAAGAGCACAAAGCCCAUUUGCUGCGACAGUCCCGGAAAUUGGCCAUUCUCGCUACUCUCGACCGCAGGGACGAGGCCGCUCUCUCAGAUGCCUCUCGGUCAGCAGCCGUGCCGAAGCUGAAUGGCGCUUCGCGGAACGCUUCCUCGCGUUCUUCCGCGAGUGCCGCCUUCCUGGCGUUUUCCCUUCUCGUCCGCGGCGCACCUGCGAACUGUCUUCUCUCUGAGCUUGCGCUGGCAGUCGCGGGUCUCCCUUCGCUGCAUCACGUCCAGCGUUUCUGGAGUCUCUUUGUCGUCGCUCUCCGAGAGGCCUGGGAGUCGCGCAGGCUUCUCCCCCGUCUCUCGACGGCCGCGCAUCCUUCGCCUUUGCACUCCUUUGGAGGAGGCGAGACGGCUCGCGGGGACAGAACCCCGCCACUGGAGUCCACAGACAGGCCCGUGCAUGCGCCGAACGAGAAAGACCAACGGUUCACGGGGACGCCUCCCGAGGAACAAGCGGACUUCGGCGAGAGGGAAGGGAAACACCAGAAUGACGGUGGUUCCGCAAGACACAGCUCAGAAACCUCCAAGGGCAAGUCACACUGGUGGCAGUGUUCGCCCUCCUCCCUGGCCAGAUCUGUGGUUUCUUCUCGACUCACGAGAAAGCAGGGCGGAGGUCAUCCGUCAGCUGCCUCGAGUUCCUCUGUCUCUGCCUCGUCUUCAGAUCGUGCUGCAACCCGCGCGCUUCUUUCCCCAUCUGCCUUCUUUUUCGACUCCUCCGCCUUGUCCUCUCCGUCGUUCGCCUCCCGUUUCCCUUCUCCCGGGAGCGCAGCCAAGUUCGCCGCCGCGACGGCGGUCGCGGCGGGGGCGUCCUGGGCCCCUGACGGGCCCGUUGGGCUCCCAGAUUUCCGGGGGUGUCUCCUUCUUCAGCACCUUCAGCAGCUUAACUGCGCGAUUCAGCAGCUGCGCGUGGUGGCCUGGGUGGAUGAGACAGAGGCGGCGCGCGUUCCUGUCGUUCGAGGCAGGAGCUCGGGAGGGGAGAACUGUGGCGUGAGUCGUGGUAGUCAAGAACAGCAAGACGGCGGACGUGUCCCGAAUUCCGGGGACACGUCCUCUUCCAUCAGGUCAACGAAGCGAACGGGGCCGUUCGAGAGCCACAGGUUUCUCAGCUGGACUCCCCGAGGCAGACGACGCUUGGGAAGCGAAGGCCGAUCGCGAAACCCGCGGGGGACUGGAGGGUUGCCUGUCAUCAUGCCCGGGAUGCCGCCAGUCACAGAGCUCACACUGUCCCUCCAUCGAGCACGCCUCGAUGCCCAGCUCUUGACGCGCACCGGACGAAACGGAGAGAAACGAGAUGGUUCGGAUGGCGUCUUCGAUUACCUCAGAGCCUGUCGAGGCGCCUUCGAGAGUGCUCGGGCGGCAGGCCGGAGUGAACUGCAGAGAGGCGCGCUGCUGGCGCACGAUUCUCAUCUGAGCAGUCCGUCGUCAGCGUCGAAACGCUCGCCGUCCUUCAGUGAAUGGUGCCUGCGAGCGCUCGGUCCUUUUCUUCUUCCUCGCUGCGACAUUCCGGCCCUGCUGGACGGCCAGGAGCUUCUCUUGGGCGUGCGCCGCGCGGCCUUGACUGCGGCGAGACAGGCAGCAGCGCGUCUUUCCCCUUCCCUCUCUGCAUGGCCCCGUGAGGAAGAAGACCUGGCGGCAGGAGUCGAGUCGGGGGGGUUCUCCUCACUGAGCGGCCGUUCCCGCGGCACACGAGCCUCGAGAAGCCGAGCGCGGAACGUUUGCAGCGAAGAGGACGCAGGCAAGGAAGUGGCUGGCGCCGCCGCAGCUGCGGCAGAGGCUGCUGCUCGCCACGGCCUAAGGCCGGACAAGGAAGAAGUGCGGAAAGAAGAACGGGACAGGCGACGGUGUGCUGAGAGACUGUGGAGCGACGAGGACAGACACGGAAAAGAGAAUCUCUCGCCCAACCAGAGGUUUUUCGAUGCUGUGGACGGUAGGGACACGAGUGACACACCGAAGCUAGGAGGCGACCUACGGGAGACCCCAGAUUGCAUGCAGUUGAAAUCGUACACCGAAAACCGCAGGGUCGAAGGCGAGAUGGCGCUGCACUACCUGGAAAGCAUCAGCGCGGUCGAUCUCCUUCAGCAGCUGCUCUGUUGUCUCCUGACAGGCGCCGUCGAGGCUUGGACGACUGCAUGCGCCUGUUCCCUUUUGGAUGCCGCGGUGGGCACCUCAAGCCUGUCGGCCGAACGGUGCGCUUCGACGGCAGCUGCUCGAGACCUCGCGUGUCUCGCUGGCUGUCGCCAUUUCCUCUCACCCGAUUCCCCCCGCGGGCUUCCGUCGCCGACCUCUUCUCCGUGCACCGGCUUGCCGUGCGGGCUGCCGGCGCUUCGCAGUUCAGUCGUGGAGCUGCAGCGCCAAGCAGUUCUUCAAGUCGCCUUAGCGGCUUCCAGUUCGGGCGACGCCUCUUCGGGGCUCGCGGGGGCCUCCCGCGGGACCGAACCUGCGCCCGACACAGGUGGAGACGCGUCUCCGUGCGCGUUCUUGCCGUCCCCGUCUCUCUUCGGUGCGUUUCUCUGGUGCGAGGUAACAGCGGCGCGCGCAGCCUCCCUGUUGCAGAAACUCGACCGCUUCGCAGAAAAUCUUCCACGCGCGUCGCUCGUCAGAGGGUUGCCCCGCAGCACUCCGAGCCUUCUCGGAGAGGCCGCUCUUCGGCUCUCCAACCGCGUCCUGGACCACCACGUGGUGGAGCGAGAAGCGCUCCGGGCGUCGGCAGUCGGCGCAUGCACCCGAAGAAACGGGCCGGACGGAGACCCAGCUGCAGCCGAGCUCGACGCGUUUGGAGAAGAUGUUGAAGUGCCAGUCGACAAGGACGAAGAACGCGCGGUCCUCGCGUAUGUGCAGGAUUGUCAGAAGGCCUCGAACCGGGCCUGCGCGGACCGCGCACGGGACGAUGAGGACUCGCGUGUGCACGCGUGGGGCGACGCAGACGCAGGAAAACCUUUCGCCGUCGAAUACAUCUUCCAAACGGAGUCUCCACGGGUUUCGCAACCCCCCCUUGUGGAGAUGAAGAAGGCCGUUCGGCGCCUGUCUUCGGUCUCCUCUCCCCCUGCUUCUUACCAGUCGAUGUCUAUACAGUCCGAAAGCGCCUCUCCUGCGUCGCCGGCUCAGCCUGCUUCCGCGAUGGAAGCUCCAAGCGAGUUGCACUUGCCGCGCUCUGCCGCCGUGCUGCGGGGCCGGGACUUCCCCCCUUCUUCCAGUCGCGCCGGAGAGACAGACUCCGUCUCGUCAGCCGACAAAGGCGGCGGCGAGAAUUCGGAGCCCAUGCAGAAGACCUCGCCACGCAGGGCGAAGAACAGGGCCUCAAGCCCCAAGCGAGACACACGCGGGUGGAAGCGCGGCAGCCGUCUGGCGAGUCUCUGUGCGUCGCUCGACGUGCGACCUCGCCGCAUUUCUCUCAGUUCGGUGGACGAAACGCAGCGCAGGAAGGAGAGAACAGGCCAAGAGGGAAGAGACGCGCCAGUGGAGACCGUUGACCACGAAGAGGCCGGAGGGACGGCUAGGGAAGAAGAAAGCUCAAACAAGCAAGAAGCAUCUGCCGCCUUUCUCCCUGCUCGGCUGUACGCCAUAGAGCGGGAGGCACAGUGUCUCUUUGCAGGCAUGGUGACCACCAGGCUCGGCUAG